GUGGCGCUGCGACCUGCCGCUGCCAGAGAGAGCGCCAGUCCCUGCUGUCAAUGUGAGCACAGUGCAAAUGAGAGAACAAGGAGGAAUUGAGCACAUUGAUAAAGCCAUCGAGAAACUGAGAAAGCGUCACGCAGAGCAUAUUCGUGUCUACGACCCAAACGGUGGCGAGGACAACAAGCGGCGACUCGUAGGUUGCCAGGUGUUCUCCAGCAUAAAUGAUUUCUCAGCAGGUGUUGCAAACCGUGGGGCCAGCAUUCGUAUCCCCUAUCGGGUGGCUCAGAACAAAUGUGGCUACUUUGAGGACCGCCGUCCUGCUGCCAACUGUGACCUGCGCAAUGGCCCGCACAUGCAUGCUGGAAGGGGAGGAAUAAUUGAAAUAAUGGAUAAUAAUUCUGGAAACAAAUAA